CGGCACGAAGAGAGAUCAGCCUCCCCACAGCACGAGAACCAGACUAGGGAUUUUAAAUCCCCAUGCGUGGAGUUCAACACUAUUAUCUCCAGUCGGUCAUUACUUGAUCAUUUACUUUUUUAACAUGUCCAAACGAUAGAACGUCGUACUAUACUCUUUGGGAAAUUUCUUUUCCGAGGGAUAUUUCUCUGUGUUUCGCCGGAGCCAUGGCGGUAGAAGGGCGGCCGGAGCUGGUCGGAAAACGGUUCCUGUGUGUGAGCGGCGAGGAGCCGCUUGGGCGCGGGGAUAUCUCACGCUGGGGCUGGAGAGCUGGGGUCAUCCGCGCUGUCACAAGCCGAGACAUCGACACUCCGGACUUUUCGGUGUGUGUGGAGUUUGACAACGAGGAGUGGGAGAAGCGUCAGUGGAUCCGGAUCUUUGAGGACUUCCAGAUCUUCCUGCUGGAGCAGGGGCUAGUGUGGGCGCGCCGCAGCGUAGCGGAGAGGGGAGGCCUCCCCUGCCAUGGCCCCAACGGCUCCAACGGCAAGCCCGUCCUCUGGCCGGCACUGAGUUUCCGGACACUAGUGGGCCAGGCUUCAGUGGGGCCGGUGUCAGUGGUCGAGUUCUUCUCUGACAGGCAACUGGAGUUUCACCCCCGAGACGUCAUACACCAGCCUUAUCAGGAUGAAGCAGACAUUCUGAGUCCUCUGCUGAGAGCCAAUCCCUUGCUCCAGGAAGAGGUUAAAGCCUGGCUCAAGCAACAGAAGGUCCAGGAGAUUUUCAUGCAAGGGAAGUACUCUCUGAACGGGCUGCGUGUGAAAGUGUACAGGCAGGACUCGGCCACACAGUGGUUCACUGGCAUCAUCACACAGCAUGACCAACACAGCAGGACCAUGAUCGUCAUGAACGACCAGGUGCUGGAGCCUCAGAACGUGGACCCGUCUCUGGUGCAGGUGAUGUUCAUUGAUGACGUGGUGCACUCCCUACUGGCCGGAGAGAACGUCACCGCCCGACGCAGAUCGCGCUCCAACAAGAUGAACGCCCCCCUACACGGUCCCCUGCGAGGUCAACCGGGCAGCCCGGGGCCCACCAUGCUGAGCCGGACUGCCUUCAGCUCACACCCCCCUCCCCCACAGCCUCCACACCAACACCAACACCAACACACACAUCCACAUCCACAUCCACAUCCACAUCCAACCCCUCCUCCUCCACCACCAACGCCACCCAGCGCACAGCAAGCCCCCUCCAUGCGCAUCAGCAGUGGCACUGGACCCCCACCACCUCCACCACCAUCACAGGCGGAGGGCGAGUACGGAGGAGGAGAGGAGGAAGAGGAGGACGAGGAGAGGAGGAGGGGGAAGAGAGGCUCCCCGGACAGUGGAGGAAGACAAGACUUCACCAAGAACAAAAGCAGGCCUGGCGUGAGCAAGAGGAGGAAAGGUGUGAAGGACGAGGAGGAUGAGGAGAGCGAGAGGAAGGACGGACUGAAGCGGCCCCGGGGCCCUUGCGGCAGUGGCCCCGCCGACCCCUACGAGGGGGCCGGCACGGAGGGCGGCUGCCAGCGAAUCCCAGCCAGCCCCUCUCCCCCGUUCGACAAAACGCAGAAGAGCCACUACACGUCCAAGCCUUCUCCUGUGGGGGCCAAACGGGAGAAAUCCCAGAGUCCCGUGGGGCCUGAGGGCUGGAAAAAGACUUCCUCCCACGAGGAGGCCAUGAACCAAUCAGCUAACGGCAAAAGGCAGGAGGCGGAGAAGCCCCGCCCCCCAAUGCCUGGCCAGCCAACCAAUCCCAGUGCUCGCUGUAACGGCGUCACUCCGGAGCGCAGAGCCUCAUUGGAGGAGGACAGGAAAGAGAGAGAGGACAGAGAAGGAGGAGGAGGAGCGACCGAGGAGGUAGACGUGACACGCCACGACGUCACCUCACACUCGGAAGACUCGGAGGCCGUGUCCGCCCUGCUGGCCUAUCAGGAGAGCGAGAGGAUGGUUUCCAUGGAAACGUCAGCCUGUGUGGUGAUAAACGCCCUGCCCGGAGAGUGCGAGAUGCCCGAGAGCGAGAUGCCCGCUUCUGACGCAGAGGCCAAGGCCUCGGACUACGCCACCCCAGAGACUGGGCACCCAGGCAGCGAACCGGAGGCACCCGCCGGGAACAGGGAGGAGCAACCUGUCGCCAGGCACCCCUCUCCACCCAUGCUAGGUCGCCAAGCCUCCAUUGAGGCCGGUGGACCACCGGCAGCAGACAAGCCCAAGUCCCCCACCGAGGCCAGAGCAGGUGGUCCUAAGGGCGAACAGGGGUGCGACGGAGGCGCCAAGACCAAGAAGAGGAGCCCUUGCCCCAGCCCAACCGAGUCCAGGCAACACGUUGGUGCGGAGAUGAACCGACCCAAUCAGAGUCACUCCCCUCCUGAGCAGCAGGGGCGCAACCGAACGGUCAAGCGUACAGGCAGCCGCUCGCCUCAAGACGUGGAUGUGGAGGUGGUGCAUACUGGCUUCAAAACGAAUCCUAUUGUGGUGCACCCAGCGCCGAUCCACAACCAAAUCCCAACAUCCUAUGCCAGCAAGAACCCAGUGACCAUUCACACCACCAAAAUACACACGAGCGCGCCCAUACACACGACGGCAGCAGGUAACACAAAGCUGCACCCACAAAUCCACACGACCAUCACCCCCAUCAAGGCGGUGGCUCCUACAAACAAAAACUCUGGUAAUAACAACUACACCAUCGUCAGCCGAGGCGGCCAGGCCAACACCACUCCCACCAAGCCCCACCAAGUCUCGCCCAUCACCCCGACCAAGAUCCACCCCAACCAGAGCCGCACGUCAGUGCUGAACCAGUCCCCUGCCAAGACUCCCAUGAAGGGCUCCAACCAUGGUAACAACACUACCACUACUACUACUACUCCCACCAAGAACCCGCUGAUUGUGGACCGCAACGAGCCCUUCACGGUGUACCGAGACCCAGCUCUGGUUGGGGACGACCCGGAUGGUCCGCAGCCCCCGCAGAGCAACGUGGCCUACAUCCACCCCUCCCCCCAUGGGGGACACGGGAAACAUGCCAGUCUUCCGACGCCGCGAGCCGUCCAGCAGGUCACCCACGUUUCUGGCGCCGUGACCAGCACCACACUUCCGGCUCCGAGAGCCACGCACGCCUCCCAACUCGCCGGGCACGCAGGGUCGGCGGCAGCAGCAGCCGUUGCAGCGGCACACCUCAGCCCUCCCCCCUCCCACACCCCACACCUGAUCAAGACGCCCUCGCCCUCCGCGGCCCAGUCUAGCCUCUCCGCCCUGGGCGGCCACGUCAUCUCCGCGGCAGCACCCCCUCCGCACCCGUCUCUUCCCCACCCCCACCCGCACCUGUUACCCUCGCUGCUGCCCGCCCUGUCCCCCUCCGCCGCCCUGCUCGCCAGCCACGGGCCCCUGGGAGCCCUGGGUCUAAGCCCGCACCCGCUGUCGCUGUCCCACAGCCCUGCCUUGCUUGGGCAGACCCCGCUGGGCCUCUACCCGCUCCUGUGGCCGCACUACCCCAACGGCACACACCCGUACACGGCCCUGGGCCUGCCGACGACCAAGUGGCCACACCCGGACAGUGCAGGCAUCGCCGAGGGAAGCCUGAAGAGGAACACCCCCAGCCCGUGGCUUCCCCAGGCCGCCCUUGUGGAGGCCCAGAGCCUGAGGACCCCGGUCCCCGUCAGGCCCUCCAGCGCCGACCCCCACCACUCGGUCAAGAGCAACCCCCACGCCAGCCCCUCCGUCUCCAAGAGCACAGAAGAGGAGAGGAAGACCUUGACUGCUGACCAUUUGCGAAACGCCGUUGUGACGCAGAUCAAGCCCGACCCCGACCGGGUUCGUAGCGGCAGUAGCAGCGGCAGCAGUGGUAGCGGCAACAAGAACAGCCAGACGCCACACGUGGUGGUGGCUCCGCAGCACAGCCAGCACCGGUCGUUCCUGUCCUCCUCGUCCGAGCCCUCGCCCCUGCCCUGCCGGCCCAAACCCUCCCGCCCCACCACCGCCUACCAGGAGGAGAGCCGACGCAUCCUGCAGGAGAGCAUCGAGGUGGCGCCCUACACCGCCAAGCUCCAGCCCCCUCCCCAAGAGAGGGAGAGGGAGCACGAGCGGGAGAGGGAGAGAGAGAGGGAGAGAGAGAGGGAGAUGCAGUACUCCAGAAUCACUCCCGCCCAGGAGCGCGAGAGGGAGCGCGAGCGCGAGAGGGAACGGGAACGAGAGCGCGAGAAGGAAAGAGAAAGAGACAGGGAGAGAGAAAGAGAAAGAGACAGAGACAGAGAACGCGAACGAGAGAGGGAGAGAGAGCGCGAGCGGGAAAUGCACGCGCUGCGAGCCCCUCAGGCUCAGCCGGGGGCGACAGCAGUGAGCAACUACUACUCGUCGCUGUGCAGCAGUGUGGCUAAUGAACCCCCCAGACGCCAGCAGCAGCACACCGCUGACCAGCUCUCUGCCCUCUACGAGCGCCAGAGCAGUAGCAGAGAAGGGGGUCGAGAUGGUGGUGUUUCUGCCAGCAUCAGUGUUAGCGGUGGUGGAGGCGGUGGCACGUUUACAAUCUCCUCCAGUCACCAUCACCACCAGCAUCACCACCACUCCUCGCCGCUCAAGGCCCCCCACGGCAAGCCCCCUCCGCUGGUGAAGCGGCACCCGGAGAAGGAGGAGGGCCUCCUGGGGAAGAUGAACGAGCGCCUGGUGGUGGGCCACCAGACCUCCUCCGUAUCCCUGGAGCACCACUCCUCCCACAGGCUUUCAGAUCGAGGCUCUAGCCUCUCUGUCAGCUCCUCGCUGUCCUGUUCGUCCUCCUCCUCGAUCUCUUCCGCAUCGUUCUCCACCUCUUCGUCGCUCCGCUCCAUGCCCUCGCUCCACCGGGCGCCCAUUUUCCACCCGCCGGCGCCCUCGACGACCACCAACACCACCGCGACCCCCGCCAGCAAGGAGCCGGCGGGCCAGAACCGGCUCUCGCCUCCCACCCUCACGCCCGUGCAGCCCACCGUGUGCCUGCCAGGUGGGAAGAUUCCAGAGCAGCAACGCCCGCCCACCUUGCAGCCUGAAUCCCUGAAACGCCAGGGAACGGUAGUAGCCACCACGGGCGGGAAGAGAACCUCCGACAUGGCAGGAGGCCACAAGACGACGGCUCAACAGCAACAGACCUUCCACCAUCACCACCACCAUCAUCACCAUCACCACCAGCACCAGCACCACCAUCAGCACCACGCCAACCAAGCAGAGGUGUGGAGGAACCAGCCUCACCUGGACAAACCGGCCAAUGGCCACGGCGGUAAGCAGCUCUCGGCCACGGCCUCCGUCAUCGUGCGGCCCACAGCCAUGAAAGACAUCGUGGUGGUGAGCGAUCGCAUGAUGCUGGCUCACCAGAAGCAGCAGCAGCAGCAGCAGCAGCAGUCGGCGGAGCGCGCCAGGGCGCAGGCCGGAGCCGAGCACCGAGAGAUCGGCCGCGUGGGCCAGACCAACAUGGCGGUGGUCAAGGAGGGCUGCGUGCAGUACAAGAGAGGCAUCCUGUGGACCCCUCUGGACAGCGUCCACUGCCCCCACACCACCACCAGCAACACAACCCCCAACCCUACUACGACGACGACAACCAAAACAGACCAAAGCGGGCCGGCUACCGUUGCCAUAGAAACUGCCGGUGGCAAGGCUUUCGUGAUGUCCGCCGGCGGUGUUGCCAUGGUGACCAGUCAGCCUGCGCGAGACCGCACACCUGUGCCGUGGAGGCCGGCGGGACUGGCGGCCGAGGAGGACAUGGGAAGCAGCAGCAGCGGCGGCGGCAGCAGUCGCGGGGGCGGUGGGGCCGGCAAGAUCACGCCGCACCACCCCAUUGACCUCACUUCCUUUUCCUUCGCCUCGGCCUCCGGCGUGCCGAUGCCCUUCCACACGCCCAGCGACUUUGUGCACCUGAAGAAGCAGAGGGCCGCCCUGGCCGCAGCCCAAAACAAGACCCCCAUGACGACGACCGCUCACAUGGCUCACAUGGCUCACCUGUCACACGGCGCCUUGUCACACACCACCACCGCCACUGCCACCGCACAGGCCACCAGCGCUGGCAGUGCACGCGGCGCCGCCUCCAGCACCCACCCUCCAGAGAGGGACCCUGCCCUGGGAGCCAGUCCCCCCAAGCGCCCCAGACCAGCGGGCACCAUGCCAGAGGGAGCCUCCCAUAGAUGCCAUAGCAGCAGCGGCAGCAGCAGCAGCAGCCCUGGUGCUCUCAGCAACGGCCAGACCCCACCUCUGCCUAGCAGCAGCAGCCAGGCAGCAGCAGCAGCAGCAGCAGGCAACCUGAUGCAGCAGAGCAGCAACUACCACAAGCUGAAGAAGGCCUGGCUCACACGCCACUCCGAAGAGGACAACAAAGUUGCCGGGGGCCCGGAUGGAGCAGGCUGCUCCGAUGGAGACUCUGGCCAGCCAAUCAGGAGCCUGGAGGAAGGAAGGAAGUCUUACGGCGGCGAAGACAGGAAGCCGGGCCUGGACGAGAGGAAGCCCACGCCAGAGGAGCGCAAAGCCGGCCAAGAGGGCAGGAAGUCGCCCCAGGAGGACAGGAAGCCCAGCUUGGAGGAGCUCAAGAAGGCCGCCGCCGCCGCCAGCGCUGAGGAGCGCAAGGGCGCCGGAGAGAAGAGGGGGGAGAAGCGCAUGUUCGAGUCCAGCACGGACAACGACAGCGAGGGCGACUCGGGCAACGAGAGCGAGAGCAAGGCUGGAGGGGAGUCCAAGGCCAAGCGGCAGCCCAAGCCCACUUUCAAGAAGAAGCAGAUCGAUCAGCUGAAGAAGGAAGAGGAGGUCAAACCCAACGGAACCUUCCGGAGUGCCAAAGAGAAGACCAAACUUCGGAUGUCCAGAAAGAAUGGCAUCCCCCGCUCUGUGCUGAAGGACUUGCUUAAGGUGCGCAAGCUGAAACAGAGCGGUGAGUCCUUCCUGCAGGACGACGCGUGUGCCGAGGUGGGCCCUAACGUGCAGAAGUGCCGCGAGUGCCGCGUGGACCGCAGCCGCAAGUCCGAGUCGGAGCACAACACCACCUCGCCCGUCUUCUGCCGCUUCUACUACUUCAGACGGCUGUCCUACAGCAAGAAUGGCGUGGUGCGCGUGGACGGCUUCUCCGUUCCCGAGCUGACCAAUGAGGAGGCGGUGCGGGUCUGGACCACGGCCACCCUCGCCCUGCCCCCCCCACCCUCCGCCCCAGCCUCAUCCGCAGAUGACAAGGACGAGAAGGGCAAUGGUAGCAAAGAAGCCAAGGACAAGGAGGACAAAGGCGUGAAGGAGGUGAAGAAAGAGGAGGCAAUGGAGGAGGAGGAGCAGGAGGAGGAGAAGGAGGAGGUGCUGAUGGACGUGGAGACGGCCAAGCACAUCCUCAGCCACGUCGGCGACAAGUUCUGCCAGCUGGUCAAGACGGAGAACACCGCCGUCACCUGGAUUAGGAAAGACACCCAGAUGGUGUGGAAGCGUGCGGUGCGUGGCGUGCGUGAGAUGUGUGACGCGUGCGAGGCCACCCUCUUCAGCAUGCACUGGGCCUGCCACAAGUGUGGCUUCGUGGUCUGCAUGGACUGCUACAAGGCCAGGGAGCGCAAGAGCGCCAGGGAUAGGGAACUCUACGCCUGGUUCAGGUGUGUAAAGAACCAGCCCCACGACUUGAAGAAUUUGAUGCCCACGCAGAUAGUACCAUCAGAAAUCUUGGCGGAGCUCUUCAGCACCAUGCACUACAUGAGGCAGAAGUGGGACAUCGCGGGCAGCUGCGGAUGCCCCGAGACGCACAACAACAAGAGUCAGAAUGCCAACGGGGUGCUCAACAGCAAGGCCAAGAGCAAACAACAGCAGCAGCAGCAGCAGCAGCAGCAGCCGGCCUGCAAGAAGGAGAAGCAGGAGGACAAGAAAGAGGAGGAGGAGAAAAACAAAAAGGAGGGAGGAGAGAAGGAGAAGGAGAAGAAGAAGGCUAACGGCGCGGCGGCCAAGCGGGCCCAGACCCAGGCCCAACAGGCGCAGCAGGCUAACGGGGUGUGCGGAGGAGGGGACAGUGACGCAGCGUCCGAGGGCAAGAACACGCCCCCUCCAGUCGCCCUGCCAGCCCCGGCACCAGCAGCUCCACAGCAGCAGCAGCAGCAGCAGCAGCAACAGGAGUCCCAGUCACCACUCCACUUCCUGGCAGACCUGGCGGAGCAGAAGUCUCGCGAGGAGAAGAAAGGAGGGAGGGUUGUGAAGCCGGAGCCGUCCGAGUUGCUGGACUCUCUGAAUGGGAAGUGUGGCGGUGGUGGCGGUGACGGGGGCUCCACCCUGCGCGACCUGCUGACCUCCACGGCCGGCAAGCUCCGCCUGGGAUCCACCGACGCCGGCAUCGCCUUCGCACCUGUUUACAACAACAGCCAGCAGAUGAGCAAGCCCGUCCACAGCAUGCCCAACAUUCUGGAUGACAUCAUCGCCUCGGUAGUGGAGAACAAGAUCCCGGCCUCCAAGAUGGCUGCCAAGCUGGGCCUCAAGCAGGAAGUGACGCAAGAGGAUAGCAACAAGGGCAAACAGCCAAUCAAAACCGAGGAGGAGGAGGAGAUGAAGGUGGAGCCGGACAUGACGCCGCCUCCGCACGAUUGGUUGGGAGCAGGGGAGCAGCGUCUGCUUUGGCUGAAGGAGCCCGCGCACCACGGCAACUGCAGCCUGUUCAGGGAGUGCUGGACACAGGAGCAGCCGGUGCUGGUGUCCGGUCUUCAGCGUCUGCUGACUCCGGGCCUAUGGCGGCCCGAGUCUUUCACCCGCGAGUCCUCCGGUCACCAUGGCGACAUGCUGAACUGCAGGGACGGCAGCGUGGCCAGCGGCCGGGUCAAGGAAUUCUGGGAAGGCUUCGAGGACAUGAGCAGGCGGCCUAAGACUGCAGAUGGGGAGUCAGCGGUGCAUCGACUGAAGGACUGGCCGACAGGAGAGGACUUGAUAACUGCUAUGCCUUCCAGAUAUGACGAUGUGAUGAAGAACCUACCGGUGCCUCAGUACUGUGACCCCGAGGGCCACCUCAACCUGGCCGGCCGCCUGCCGCCCUUCUUCGUGCGGCCCGACCUGGGGCCCAGACUCAGCUGCGCAUAUGGUGCGUUCUCGACUCCGGAGCAGAGCUAUGGGACGGUGAACCUCCAUGCCGAGGUGUCGGACACCAUCAGCGUCCUGGUGUACGUGGGAGUGGCCAAGGGCAGCGGCGCACCUUCCAAAACAGCUGUGCUGAAGCGUCUGGAGCGUGAGGACCUGGAGGAGGCCGUGAGGAGGCGGCUGCGGGACCCAGCGGAGACGCCCGGAGCUCUGUGGCACGUCUACCGCAGCAAGGACCUCCUGAAGGUGCAGGCCUUCCUCCGCAAGGUUUGGCGUGAGGGAGGAGGGAAAAAGAGACCGGGCACUGGCAUCAGCCGCGACGACGACGACAGCGACUCGGACGGGGAGGUGGAGCCUCUUCGGGAGGGCAGCGUGUACCUGAGCCCCGCCCUCCGCCAGCGGCUGCAGAGCGAGGAGGACGUCACCUGCCGCACCAUCCUGCAGUUCCACGGGGACGCGCUCAUCCUGCCCGCAGGCACCAUGCACCAGGUGCUCAACCUCCACGGCUGUGUCCAGGUGUCGACAGACUUCCUCUCGGCCGAGCACGCUCACAACUCCUACUACCUGACGCAGGAGCUCCGGCCCUCCAAAGACCUCAUGAACUUUGAAGACAAACUACAGGUGAAGAAUAUCCUCUACCACUCCGUAAAGGAAGCCAUCACCACCCUGAAAAAGAGCUCUGGGGAUGUGGACUCUAAGACCAGCGCGCCAACACAGCCGGAAAAGGAGGAGAAGAAAGAGGAGAAGAAAGAGAAGGACAAUACGGCGGAGCAAGUCAAGGAGAAGGGGACAGAGAAGGACAAGAAAGAGAAAGAGCAGGAGAAGGAGAAGGAAAACUCCUGACGCCCCACCCGAACGGGGCCUCCCCUGCGAGAGGGGUGAGCCUGACGCCCCACCCGAACGGGGCCUCCCCUGCGAGAGGGGUGAGCCUGCACUUGGCCUCCAGGCUAGUGAGCCUGUGGCGAGUGUGCACGUGAAGGCCGAACCAUUGGCCGAGCACGUGCACGUGAUGGCAGAGCCGACUCUUCCAACGGGGUAAAGGGAAAUCGAGUCGGACUCUCUCUCUCUCUCUCUCUCGGACUCUCUCUCCCUUGCCUGCUUCCUCGGCCAGGUCUGGUUACCCAGGACAGUGCUGUGUAACGCAGGGCAACUCGGCCACAGCCAACCUGCUGGAGACACAACCACCAACCACCCCUGUGCAUCUUUCUCUCCAGCAAUCUGACUGUGUAUACAGAUGUAUAAUAUGUAAAAGAUGAAAUCAUUAUUAAAAAAGUAUAUAUAUAUAUAUAUAUAUUUAGUAUUUAUUUGGAGAGGGCAUUUUAGGAUUCUCUUCUGUGUUCUAAUGCUCGUGGGUUUGGAUUGCUUUUUUUUUGCCUGAUGAACGUAUGAUGACAUUGGAUGGCGAGGAACUGAUAAAAAAGAAAAAGUCCUCCACUUGAUGCGACGGCUAUUGCUCAAUUUUGUUCUCUGCAUAAAAGUCAUUAUAUUUAAAGGCCAAUGUUAAAUUAUUUAGUUUGCAGGACUUCACUGUGCAAUGGGAGAAGAACUUCAAAAGAGGAUGUAAUUUAUUGAGGUUGAAUGUGUGUUUAAAAAAAAUAUAUGUGGUAACAUUUUGACAAAAAAACGUCAUGUAAAUAUGAAAGUAUAUAUAUAUGCAUACAUUGGAUAAUGUAUUUUUCUAUAACAUGCUUUGUUUUGGAUUUGUUUUCGAUGUGUUUCUGUGCUUUGUACAUUUGAGUCAACA